AUGCAACGAUUGGGGUCCUUCUUGUACGGCAGCGUCGGCCAUGUCAUCGCACAUGAAAUCUCUCACAGUCUUGACAGCAUGGGGAAGGAAUAUGAUGGAAAUGGAGACAAGCGAAAGUGGUGGGAAGAUGAAUGGGUCGAAGAGUACGAAUCAAGAGCUGAUUGUUAUGUAGAUCAGUACGACAGCGUUAAAUUGGUUCUGGCGUCUUUCAUACUCGAAGCGCUUGUCUUCCGCUGCGGAGCAUCUGACUGCACGCGAAAUCUAACGUGCCUUGCGCAUGCGGGCAUGGAACUUUUGUGA